GAUUCGAAAAAAAUGUCUCAGAGUCCCACCGGUCGCGGCUGUAGGACGGAGGCCACGGAAAGACCCGGGAACGCCGCAAAUCUGUCCUUUCCCGGAGCCGGCGGCGGAAGUAGUUCCGGCCGACAGAAGGCCGGCGGCUCCCUCCGCCGCGGGGAAGGGACGAUGGCGACCCCGUCGAUGCCAGAGUCGGAGAGGAACGUGGCUGCGAAGGCCUCAGAGUGAAAGUUCCAGGCCCCGCGUCCUCGUGCCAGGCGGUUCCUGGAGCCCAUGGAGGAGAACGAGGUGGAGAGCAGUAGCGACGCGGCCUCCCGGCCUGGUGGGCCGGAGGAGCCCUCCGAGAGCGGCCUGGGCGUGGGCACCUCUGAAGCCGUGUCUGCGGACAGCAGCGACGCGGCCGUUGCCCCCGUGCCAGCCGAGACGGAUGACUCUGGCAUCGGGCAGAGCUCAGACCACAGCGGCUCUUCUCUGGAGGAGGUGUCUGAGAGCAGCUCGAGUGCAGCCCCGCUGCCCCAUGGCUACCUGCCCGACUCCUCCUCGGUGGCCCCGGAGACGGCACCAGGUGGCCCUCCAGCACUGGUACACUCCAGCGCCCUCCCAGACGCUGCCUCGCUACCAUCUGACUGCACGGCCUCCUCCUCAGACCUGGGCUCGGCCAUCGACAAGAUCAUUGAGUCCACCAUCGGGCCCGAUCUCAUCCAGAGCUGCAUCACGGUGACCAGUGCUGAAGAUGGGGAUGCUGAGACUACGCGCUACCUGAUCCUGCAGGGCCCAGAUGAUGGUGCCCCCAUGACCUCGCCGAUGUCUACUUCCACGCUGGCCCACAGCCUGGCAACCAUCGAGGCCCUGGCCGAUGGACCCACAUCCACUUGCCUGGAGACUCCGGAAGAGGUGCGGGCCGCGCCCAGCCCGCCAGCACAGCCGCCCGCAGCCUCUGUCACCGAGGAGCCAGACUUGCAAAGCCUGGAGGCCAUGAUGGAGGUGGUGGUGGUGCAGCAGUUCAAGUGCAAGAUGUGCCAGUACCGGAGCAGCACCAAGGCCACGCUGCUCCGCCACAUGCGGGAACGGCACUUCCGCCCAGCAGCAGCAGCCACUGGUAAGAAGGGCCGUGUGCGGAAAUGGGGCACCUUGGCCAAGGCGCAGGAAGAAGAGGGGCCGGAGGAGGAGGAGGACGACGACAUAGUGGACGCCGGUGCCAUUGACGACCUGGAGGAGGACAGCGACUACAACCCGGCCGAGGACGAGCCCCGCGGCCGGCAGCUGCGGCCCCAACGGCCUACCCCCAGCACCCCAAGAGCCCGAAGGAGACCUGGCAGGCCCCGCAAAGUGCGCCACGUGGAGACCUCGGACCUCCCAGAUGGUGUGGAUGGAGAGCCGCUGGUGAGCUCCCAGAGUGGGCAGAGCCCUGUGGAGCUACAGGAUGCCGAAGCUCCCAGCUCCUCGGGCCCGGGACGCCUGGCAGCCCCAGACCAGGCCAACAGGACCCCCCUGGAACCUGGAGUGAUCCAGCCAGACCCUGAGAAUACAGCACCCUCCUCCCAGGGGGAGCCCGAGACCCAGCCCCGUCGCCGUUCACGACCACCCAGGCGCUUCCUGGGCAAAAAAUAUCGCAAGUACUAUUACAAGUCGCCCAAGCCACUGCUGAGGCCCUACCUGUGCCGCAUCUGUGGCUCCCGCUUCCUGUCCCAUGAGGACCUGCGCUUCCACGUCAACUCCCAUGAGUCAGGCGACCCGCAGCUUUUCAAGUGCCUGCAGUGCAGCUAUCGCUCCCGCCGCUGGUCUUCGCUCAAGGAGCACAUGUUCAACCAUGUGGGCAGCAAACCCUACAAGUGUGACGAAUGCAACUACACCAGCGUCUACCGGAAAGACGUCACCCGACACGCAGCCGUGCACAACCGGGACCGGAAGAAGAGGCCGGAUUCGAGCCCGAAGCUAAGCUCCUUCCCCUGCCCAGUGUGUGGCCGCGUGUACCCCAUGCAAAAGAGACUGACACAGCACAUGAAGACACACAGCACUGAGAAGCCCCACAUGUGCGACAAGUGUGGAAAGUCUUUUAAGAAGCGCUACACCUUCAAAAUGCACCUGCUGACACAUAUCCAAGUCGUGGCGAACCGCAGGUUCAAGUGCGAGUUCUGCGAGUUCGUUUGCGAGGACAAGAAGGCGCUGCUGAACCACCAGCUGUCUCAUGUCAGCGACAAGCCCUUCAAGUGCAGCUUCUGUCCCUACCGCACCUUCCGAGAGGACUUCCUACUCUCCCACGUCGCCAUCAAGCACACAGGGGCCAAGCCCUUUGCCUGUGAGUACUGCCACUUCAGCACAAGGCACAAGAAGAACCUGCGCCUUCAUGUGCGAUGCCGGCAUGCAAGCAGCUUCGAGGAGUGGGGGCGGCGCCACCCUGAGGAGCCCCCCUCCCGCCGGCGCCCCUUCUUCUCCCUGCAGCAGAUUGAGGAGCUCAAGCAGCAGCACAGCGCAGCCCCUGCGCCCUCUGCCGGCUCCCCAGGGCCCCCCGAGGUCGCUCCCGAGGUCGCAUCUUUUCAGUCCCCAGAGACCUCACCCUUGCUGUGCUCUGACACCCUGGGUGGCGCCACCAUCAUAUACCAGCGAGGAGCCGAGGAGUCCACUGCGAUGGCCACACGGACGGCCUUGGAUCUGUUACUGAACAUGAGUGCCCAGCGGGAGCUGAGGGGCGCGGCCCUGCAGGUAGCUGUGGUGAAAUCAGAGGAUAUGCAAGUUCAGUUGGACCCCCCUGGCGGACAGCCAUCACCCGAAGGCACCACACCGCAGGUGGUCACUCUCCACGUGGCAGAGCCAGGGGGCAGUGUGGCAGGAGAGAGCCAGCUGGGCACCCCUGCCCUGCAGGAGAUGGCGCUGGCCUCCGGGCCCUUUGCGGGGGCUGGCUACAGUGUCGUCACGGCUCCCCCUAUGGAGGAGGGGACAUCGGCACCUGGCACACCUUACAGUGAGGAACCUGCGGGAGAGGCAGCCCAGACUGUGGUUGUGAGUGAUGCCCUCAAGGAAGCUGGAGCCCACUACAUUAUGGCAGCUGAUGGCACUCAGCUGCACCACAUUGAGCUGACCACAGACGGCUCCAUCUCCUUCCCCAGUGCAGACUCCCUGGCCUCGGGAGCCAAGUGGCCGCUGCUGCAGUGCUCUGGGGGGCUCCCCAGAGACGGCUCUGAGCCCCUGUCACCAGCCAGGACCCACCAGGGUGGAGACCCUGAGAGCUCCGCCUCACCUCCCCCUGCAGCCGGUAAAGCCAUGGGCCUGGUCACGCCCUGCUCGCCACCAUCCAUAGCUGCAACGGCAUCCAAGAAGUUUUCCUGCAAGAUCUGUGCUGAGGCCUUCCCUAGCCGAGCUGAGAUGGAGAGCCACAAACGAGCCCAUGCCGGUCCUAGCGCCUUCAAGUGUCCCGACUGCCCCUUCAGUGCCCACCAGUGGCCCGAGGUCCGGGCCCACAUGGCACAACACUCGAGCCUGCGGCCCCACCAGUGCAGCCAGUGCAGCUUCGCCUCCAAGAACAAGAAGGACCUGCGGCGGCAUAUGCUGACCCACACCAACGAGAAGCCCUUUGCCUGCCACAUCUGUGGGCAGCGCUUCAACCGCAACGGGCACCUCAAGUUCCACAUCCAGCGGCUGCACAGUCCUGAUGGGAGGAAAUCGGGGACCCCAACCACCCGAACCCCAACCCAGACCAUCAUCCUCAACAGUGACGAUGAGACGCUGGCUACCCUGCACACUGCUCUGCAGUCAGGUCACGGGGUCCUGGGCCCGGAGCGGCUACAGCAGGCCCUAAGCCAGGAGCACAUCAUUGUGGCCCAAGAGCAGACAGUGACGAAUCAGGAGGAAGCGACAUACAUCCAAGAGAUCACUACAGCAGAUGGCCAAACAGUACAGCACUUGGUGACCUCCGACAACCAGGUGCAAUAUAUCAUCUCGCCGGACAGCGUCCAGCACUUGCUCCCUCAAGAGUACGUCGUCGUGCCUGAAGGCCAUCACAUCCAGGUGCAGGAGGGCCAGAUCACACACAUCCAGUAUGAGCAAGGAGCCCCAUUCCUUCAAGAGUCCCAGAUCCAGUAUGUGCCCGUGUCCCCAAGCCAGCAGCUUGUCACGCAGGCACAACUUGAGGCCGCAGCACACUCGGCUGUCACAGCGGUGGCCGAUGCCGCCAUGGCUCAAGCCCAGGGCCUGUACAGCACAGAGGAACCAGUGCCUGAGCACAUUCAGCAGCUGCAGCACCAAGGCAUCGAGUAUGACGUCAUCACUUUGACAGAUGACUGAGCCCCCAUGAACUUAGGUGGAUCCUGACAGCAGUGUCAGGCCUCCUGGGGCAGGAGAGGUCGCCCGGGUGCACCUCCCUUCCUCCCGUGUGCCCUACAUCCCAGGCAGCACCAUCCUGUCACUUCAGGGAGUCAGACCUGUGCUGCCAAGGUAGGGCAUCACAGGUCCCUCCAGGAUGUGCUGGGCACCCCAGCCUGCGGGCAGGCUCUAGAAGAGAGAUUUAUUUUUGUUUGCUUG